CAUUAUUGUAAUGGAAGCUACUAAUGCUGAUGCUUCAGCAGAGGAUGUCAAGAAAGCCAAGAAGGAGAGUAAAAUCUCUGUGAAAAGAACCAAUACUGGGAUCUUGAUCAAGAAAUCUACCAUGAUCGUUCAGAACUUCAGAGAUCUCCAGGAAGAAUACAAAAUAGGAGAGAAACUAGGCAGUGGGUCAUACGGUGUUGUAAACUCAUGCACUCAUCUCACAACUGGCCAGGAAAGAGCAGUCAAGAUUAUUGAGAAGAAGAAGAUCAAGAACAUCGCUCAAUUCCGAACUGAAAUAAAAAUUCUUCAGACUCUUGAUCACCCUAAUGUAAUAAAGAUGUAUGAAUUUUUUGAAAACGAUAAAGAAAUUUUCCUUAUCCUCGAGAAAUGCACUGGAAGCGAAUUAUUCGAUAGAGUAAUUGAAAAAGAAUUCUUCUCUGAAAAAGAGGCAGCAGUAGUUUUCAAGCAAAUUCUACAAGCUAUAAAUUACUGUCACAACAAUGGCGUAUGUCACCGUGAUCUAAAACCAGAAAACUUUAUAUUUGCAACUAAGGAAGAAGAUUCUGAUAUCAAGAUUAUUGAUUUCGGCUUAUCGAAGAUUUUUGAUCCAAGCUCUACAAGUUAUGCAGCAAUGAAAACAGGAUGUGGGACACCUUAUUACAUUAGUCCUGAAGUUUUGACCCAUAAUUACAAUCAUAUGUGCGAUAUGUGGUCAGCAGGCUGUAUUCUAUAUGUUCUUCUCUGAGGUUACCCACCUUUCUUUGGUGAUGAUGACAGAGAGAUCAUAGAAGCUGUGAGAAUUGGAGAAUUUGACUUUGAAGGAGAGGAAUGGGAAGAUGUCUCUGUGGAAGCUAAAGAUCUUAUUUCAAGACUCAUUUGUAAACCAGAGUUAAGACUCACUGCGAAGGAAGCACUGAAGCAUCCUUGGGUUAAGACUUUAGCGAAGAACUCAAAGAAGGAUAAGCUAAAUAAAAUGGAUAUGGCACAUUUGAAGAAGUUCCAGAAUCACCAAAAGAUGAAGCAAGCUGCCAUCACCUUCAUGGCUACUCAAACCAGCAGCAAGGAUAUUGAACACCUCAAACGCGUAUUUGAGUCUAUUGAUAGAAAUGGUGACGGAAAUAUCACCCUCAAAGAACUCAAGGAUGGAAUGAAAGAUGUCAAAAACAAGGAAGAAUUACUAGCCAUCAUGGAGGGAGCUGAUACCGACGGCAGUGGCACAAUCAAUUACACCGAAUUUAUAGCCGCAACAAUGGAACAGAACACGUAUCUCAAAGAAGACAAUUUAAGAAAUGCAUUUAAAAUGUUCGAUAAAGACAACUCUGGAAAAAUCUCAAUAGACGAGAUCAAGCAAGCUCUGGGCUACGGAACAGAAGGACAGAUAGAAGACGAGGAUGAAUGGAACAGGCUGAUUACAGAAGUCGAUAGAGAUGGAGACGGGGAAAUUGAUUUUGAAGAGUUCAUAGCUAUGUGGAAAGUCAAUUUAUAAUUAAUG